CCUCUUUGGACGGUGAGGAGAGCAGGUGUGUCUCACGCUCAGUGUCUAGAGCAUGUAAGAGAAAAUGGGCAGCAGUGAAUGGGAGGGGUUACUGGAGCGGCGGCUGGCGGUGCUGCCUGGGUCUCGGGAUCCAGGUGGGGGCCCUAUCUUGGUCAUACCGCUGCCACAAGAUCCAGCCCUCCAUGAUGUUGGGGGCAUCUCCGCCACCAUAAAGUAUCUCAAGACUAUCCCAAGCGUGAGUUCUCGUGACCGCGGUUGGGUGGUGGUGGUGGAUGCCCGUGUGUGCCAUUAUCGGUUGGUAAAGCCCACAGUGAGCACCGUGCGCGCCACUUUGGGCCACAUCAGACACCUGUUUGUGGUUCGGCCGGAGGGAUUCUGGGACAAGCAGCGUGUCGACUGUCGGAAGAGCGAGGUCGACAGCCAGCCGAUUUACGUAAGUGUAAGCAAGCUGACGAAGUACAUGGAGUUGUCGCAGCUGCCGGUUGAGCUCGGCGGAACUCUGGACUACGACCACUUCGCUUGGCUCAAGACGCGCAAGGCCUAUGAAGAGUUUGUAGAUGAAUGCGAACGCGCCCGUCGGGACUUGGAGACACUGCAGGCGGAGCUGCGCCGGGAAGAGCCAUGCAGCCGAGCGUCAACCCUCCACGACCUCCUCUCCGUCAAUUCGAACACCUAUAAUACCAUCACCGCCAGACCCGCAAUCAUCUUCAACAUGGGUCAAGAGGUUCUCAAGGUGCUGGAAAUGGACGAAGAGUCGGGCUUCCGGGUGUGCGAGGGCCAAGGGGACGCCGCAGAGGCCGCGUCCAGAGUGCGCACAAUGCUCCACGAUCUGCAUCUCCUGACCACCGCCGUUGAAGCCUGCUGGAGGAGGCUCAACACCGCCCUCGACACUUACAUGCAGGUCCGGGAACUGGAAACUGAGAUGAACGACAUCGGUCAGUGGCUGGUGUCGGCGGGCCAGACCCUUUUGGCAGAUACCAGCAUCGGGACCACCACCGAGCAGGCUGAGGCGAUCCUGAGGGAACACGAGGCCAUCGAACUUAAAUGCAGGGAAACUUACGGGCGAUGGGCAGGGCUGAGAUACCGUGUGGAAGACGCCCUUGAUCGCGGUGAUGGUGACCUCCGCGCUCUAGCAGAUCAUCGUACCACGACUACAGAUCUCAGGUCCCUCAAGGACUAUACUGAUACCCUCGUCAGGACGUUCGCCACGCGUCUGGACCGGCGGCGGACGCUGAUCUUGGCUUCCGUCAGGUUCCAUCGUAUCGCCGCCCAGAUGUGCGAGCGCUGCUGUGUCCUUCUGCAGCAGAACCGGUGGCUCCCUCACACCGACGACGUGGAUACGCUCAAGAAGACGCUGCGGGAACUCACGGCGAGGAAGGAAGCUAUCGGUGCGUCUUUGCGUUUUGCAUACAAGUGGCUGAAGGCUCUUUUGGAGGCCCUGGUCAAAGCUCACUCCCACGUGGGUCGAUCAUCUGAGGAAAUCAGGAGGUUGAAGACUGAGCACCAGCAGUUCCAGGAAACAGCAACCGGUACAUUUGAGUACGGCUUCGAGUCAGCUCGAGCGGCGCUGCUGGUGGAGAAAUCAGCAGGCGGCUCGGUGCUGUCGGAGAGCCGUCGCAUGGUAGGUGACCUGGAGUACGUUUGGAAGAUGUUCGUCCAGGGAUCUCAAGAGCAACUCACCAGGCUCAGAGUUGCGGGAGUCUUCUUUAGGACAAUGGAACAGCACCUAGAGAGGCUAGACGCCCUGUAUGCCGGCGUCAUGGAACGUUUGAACGGGCGUCAGGCGUCUGAUGGGGACACCCGGAAUCUCCUCAGUUCCAGGGACCGAUUGCUGAGGGAAAUCGGAAGGAACGUCCGCUUGGGAAAGCUCUUGAAGGAGCGGCUGCUGGAUCCCCUUGUUCCCAAUUAUAGCGUCCGUGACCACAACGAAAACCUGUUGGCCCAAGAGUCCAUCACCGAACGCAUUCAGCACAUCACUGCCAGGGCACAGCAACUCGACGCACUAAUGUUCCCAACAGCCGUCUCCACCGCCACCACCGAUCCCAGUCCUCGAGCCGAGACCGAACAUGAGACCAGCGGAAGCACCGAAUAUUGGACGUGCUCUGAGUGCACGUGUUCAGGAUCCGGCACGUAUUACACGUGCCCCGAGUGCCGCCAGCUGCAGGAUCUCUUCACCACUGAUGACACGCGGCCGCCCUCCGAGGUCGACCUUCCCCUUGACGAAAUCCUUAGGAGGAGGUCGAGGUCGAGGUCGAAGUCAGGCUCGAAGGAGAAGGCUAAACGACGCAGCAGGUCUAGGUCGCGAAGCCGCUCGAUCUCUCAAGGGAAGGACACGCCGGACAAGAAAGUCGCUGCCAUUACCAUCGUGGCGAAAGUGCGGCGCGACGCCCCCCAGGACCACCCGGAUGCCAUAGAGAGGGCCUCGAGGUCGCGCUCCAGGUCGAAGUCCCUGACCCGAGAGAUCGUCGCGUCUUUCAAGGAAUUCCGAGAUAAGGUCACGCGGGGCAGAUCCCGCUCUAAGUCUCGAGAGCGCCAGGAGGAGACAGAGGACGAGUCUGCCCUCCCGCCGCAGCCGUCCGCCACCGAUGCCGCCGCACAGGAGCCGGUCCCUAAUGGCGACGUGCGCGUUCCCGUGCAGGUGCAGAUGGUGCCGCAAGAGGCUCCUCCUCCUCCUCCUCCUGGGACACAGGAGAAGGCAUGGAAGGAGGUGUCGUCCGAGAAGGUGACGACGCGGGUGGUGCUGCACGAGGGCGACGGGCGGGGCGACAGGACGCUCACGCUGGAGAAAAUCACCUCCUACAGGAAGCCCGAGGAAGACGUCGCUGCAACGGACACGCAGAGGGAUUCCAUCAGGUGGACUUCUCCACCUUCUACCUCUGCAGCUGAUUCUUCCUCACAGCGACCUUCUGCUACUGCACAGUCUGUUGCUGUUGUUCCCGAGCUCUGUGACUCUGCUUUGUCUUCGGUCGGGGCUCCCCAGUUGACACACUUUGCCAUAACCCCUCAGCCUGGUCAUACUCCACCAUCACCAGAGUCACACCUUCAUACACAUUCUGUAGAAGUCUUGCAGCAAGAUCAUCCAGCUUGCCAACCCCUUUCUGCUCCUGCUGCUGUAGAUACACUUUUACAAGAAGGGCUUGAAGACUACGACGGUACAUGCUUAAAAAAUGGUCAAGAAACGGCAGUGGAACAUGUGUCUGAGACUUCGACUAUAGAUUCCGAAUAUAAACCUCCAAGUCCACCUUCGCCUCCGCUGGAAGAACCAUCGGAGGCCUCAAAAAUCGCAGAGGUUAAGGGUCCACUUGUAGAUGGAUCGGACUAUCAAGGGCAGAUCAAACCUAGUUAUAAGAGUAAUGAAGAAUGUGAUCUGGCCUUAACUGAGCCUGAAUUAAAUUUGGACGAUUUGCCACCUCCACGGCCACCCACUCCGACUGAGGUCGAUGAAAUACCUCCUCCCAGGCCGCCGGGGCCACACGAUGUUUAUGAAGGCGUGAUAGCAAAUGUCGGUUCACCUGUAUAUGAUAUCCCACCACCUCGCCCACUUCCCCCUGCUGCGCUUAAGAUCACGCCGGCCACACCACCUAUAACUGAUGAGGUUCCCCCACCUAGGCCACCGGAGCCACGCGAUGCAUAUGAAGACGAUAUCGGUCCACUUGCUUGUGAUAUACCGCCUCCUCGCCCACAACCUCCCGCCACGCUUGAGGUCGCCCCUCCUCCCCCUCCUCUUCCCUCUCUAGACGAUACCUUUGAAGAUGAGGUCUUUGAGCACGCACCCCCGAGGCCAGACCCUCCCAGCGACGACGCUGACGACGAGCGGGAGAUGACACCCCCCAGACCCGAACCCCCGCUUGAGUACGACAUCGCUUUCCCUCCGCGGCCAUCCCUGCCCACUAUACACGAAUCCUCCCCAUCCCCUUCCGACCUGUCCCCCACAAAGGAGGAACCACCGACAAAGACACAGAAAGAAACAACCCCUCCGUGGCCCGAGCCUCCUGUAAUGACGCAAUUUACCCCUCCCAGGCCAACAGAGGCUGACAUGAUGGCACAGCUGUCGCCACCUCUGCCUCCGCCACCACGUGUCGAGGCCGAGAAACCAGCGGCAAAGCUUGUUCCGGUCGAAGUCUUACCCGAUACCUCAUCGCCCUCGGACCAACCGUACACGUCGUCCUCGCCAGAAAAGUCCGGUACUUCGCCUGAAAAAGAAUCGGACUUCGAGGCCGGAAUCAUCCCAUCACCUCCUUCAGGAGCGCAACCAGCAGAAGCAGCACCAGCAGGAGACCCAACGUCUCCACGUCCCUUAGGUCUUCCGCCGCCCUUCCCUCGGCCCGUUGAGGACGAGGACGAACUCAUGAGGAAGAUGCGAAAGCCAUGGAGGGGAGGCUGGCGCAACACUAACGGUGCCAGUGAUCAGAGAAGCGGUGCCGCGUGUGCCGAGCACGUGAACCUCAACAUGUCGGACACAGGAGGAGGUUCAGGUACAUCACCCGCGCCCGGGAUGUCUGACAGCGAGGGUAUUGUGGGGCGUACCACCUCCGCCUCGGGGAUGUCUCGGACGUCAGGCACGAGCAGGACCUCCCUCGUCGCCUCCGCCCCCACCACCACCAUCAGCACCAUUGCUGUCCAGUCUGGAAACACGAGGAUUGUCAUCGCCCUUCUGCAGAGCGCGGAAUGGCUGGAGCUAAGAGUCGUGGAGCUGACCCCGGGGAUGGUGUACCUCGGCGCCACCCUCGAGGAAGCGACGCAGCUCCUUCAGGCGCACGAGGAAGUCCUCGCCAAGCUGCAGAGCAAGCAGAGUCCCGUGGAGGACCUUCUGAACCAGGCGGACCAGCUGAUCUCGACGCAGCGCCCCAGAGCCGAAGUUUACGCUUCCAUGGCCGAGUCUCUUGGUCUGGCGUGGAAGGACCUCAACGCCCAGCUGGAAACGAGAAAGCAAAUCCUGGACAUGGGAGUCGCCUUCCACACACGAGCGCGACAGUAUAGCGACAGCAUGGAUGCUGCCGAGCGCGUUUACACCGACAACGUCCUACCGAGCGACGCUGAAGGCGCAAGGCAACUCCUGUCGCAGUUACACGACCACAAGCGAGCCAUCCUCGAGGCAUCAAUGUACACGCUGCAGGAGGCUCAGGCCCUCCUUGCGCGGCUCAGGGGCCUGGCCACUGAGGGCGCCACCCUCGAUUCGAGGCCGCAGCAUAUCAAGACCAACAUCGAGUUUGCCUGCUCCCAAAUCGAGCAUUACCUGGAGUCACUGCACGACCGAAGGAGAUUCCUGGAUGGACUCUUCUCUGCAAGAAAGCACCAUCUGGAGCAGUGCCUCGCUCUGUGUCUUCUGUACCAGGACCUGACCGAAGCGGUAACUUCUCUGAAGCAACUGCGCGAUGAAGUUUCCGAACAUCAGGGUCUGGGAGAAUCUCAGGGUAAUGCAGAGAUUCUCCUCCACGAACAUCUCAGGAGAGAGACAGCUGCCAAGGAACAGCAGGACAAGUGCAUCCGGCUGCUGAAGACUGCAGAGCGCAUGGCAUCUGGAGGGCACUACGCCGGCCUGGAGGCUCGCUCCAGAGCCUACUCGGUCUUGGAGGCUGCCACAGCUCUGCAUGAGACAUGUGACACACGCACUGCUCUUCUCCAGCAGUCCAUUCUCUUCUUCAAGCUAGCCCAGACGGCCAUGACCAAGUUGGACCAGGCUGAAGUGCAGGUGGCCAGUUUGGGUGGUGAAGGAGCACAGCGACUCUCCCUCGUGGUUGGGGUGGUGGAGGAAGCUAUUCAGCCAGCACUCGCUGAAGGAUAUGCCAUCCUGGAGGUUACUGGAGGAAGAAAUCAACCCCAUAACUUGGGUAUUUCACUUGUGGUUGAGGAACUUGAACGACGUAGAAGUCAUUUGUCUUCCAUUUGUGUUUCCUCAACCGAACAAGUUUUGCAACGAACAGAACUCUCUAAUGCCUUCCUUGAACAAUACAACACUAUCGAGUCCUGGCUGGUCAGAAUUGGAGAUGCCUUUCUGCAGGGUCAUCAAGACCCAGGUGGCUCUCUUAGUCUAGCCAGGGACUUCCUCCACCUCCAUCAAACCCUUAAUAACGAUGUUAUGGAAAAGAAACGCGAAAUCGAUUCUCUCGACACAUUCUUGUCAAAGCUUUUACCAGAUUUAUCUGAGGAAGAGGCAGCAGGCUAUCAAGAGAAAAUGCAAGCCUUGAAGGACCACUGGGAUGCAUUGAAGAAAGUCCUUGAUAUUCGUAUUGCAAUCAGCGACAAAUAUGUGAAGUUCCAUGAGGAUGCUGAGGCUGUAAAUAAUGAACAUGAGAGCCUUGAGCGGCUCCUUAAAGAAGCACAUGGAGAUGAUGUUGUUCCUCAAGUUGAAGCGAAGUGGGAACAAGUGCAGAAGUUGUAUCUUGAGCUUUGCAACAAUGGAAAAGCUUUUUGUCAAGAUGUUAAGAAUGUGAGUAUCUGUUGGUAG